CAUAUCUUCGCUCCGUAGGAAUGGUAUGCAAUGUGAGUUGAGAUAGGUGCAGUAUGUUGGAGCCGUCGUUCCCAACGCCAUGUCCUGCACCCGGCCCACGGAUAACUCAACGUCGUUCCUUUGUGGCGACCACGGACGACGACACAUGCACGACCGAGAUAGAGUACACCAGAGCGGUACAGAAUGACCAUAUUAGUGCACCACCAAAGCGGCCACGAAUAGCUGGCAAAAGGGCAGGACAGCUGGCCAACAUUAGGAUCUUCGAAGAUGUUAUUGAGUGCCAGGAGCUUCAGCUAAAUGGGCAAGCGCAGUCUGCUCGGAAUGUUCUCCUGGCGAGGCCUGCACAGAGGCUGCCCGCACAUGCCGUUCACGGUGUCGGCAAACACGAAGCAGAAGAUGAGGAUAAGGAAGCGAAGGAACGUCCUUGCCACGUGACGGGCCAUAGCCGACCGCGGCCGUCACCUCUCUUCGGUACACAGCGUGGCAACAACUGUCCACGAGGACGAGAAGGCCGUGGUCAAGAAAGUCCACCAAGGGACGCUCGACGUCGAACCAUCUUCGUGCCGUCCGACGACACCACUAUUCAUACCAUCCAUCCCGGCGCGGAUACUACGGCUAGGCUGAACGAUACCUUUCAUGUCCCUUCCUAUGCUACCUGUAUGCCACGACCUGACGAGAGGCAGCCAGUUGCAGAGGCAAAUGUGUUGAAGACUUCUCGGCAGUCUCUCGCAGUCGCCCCGAAGAAGAGGCCGUUGCAACAAAUAUCGAUCACGCAGAAUAGACCUGCAAUUCAUAUUGCAGGUAAGAAUGGUGGUAAAGAGAACGCACCUCCGGACGCCCGCCUAGCGGUGGUAUUAACGGAAAAGAAGGUUAUGAAGGUGCCAACCGUGGAAAUAGAAUCUCUGAAGACAGCCAACGCCCGCACCAAGCUACACGAAGCAACAGCGGCAUCCCAAGCGCGGCAGGCGUUUACAGUCCGCAAGUCUGUGUCUGUACUCCACAAGAACAGCGCCCACCAACAGCCGAACACAUGUAGAGCACCUGCAUCUGGACCCGGAAGCCUGACGAUACGACCAGAGUCGCCGGUGGUGGUCGCUCAGAAGCCGAACAGGCCGGUACGCGUAUUCUCUCAGAGACUGACCGGUAAACGCGCGAGCAGCAAGGCUGGACCGAAACCGCGAAAUAGGGUCAUGGAGGAGAACUUUCCACCUCGCCACUUGCUUCAGUAUCCUGUGCUUUCAGAGAACGUUUCGGAGCACCAGCUCUACGACGAUGGCUGGCUCAGUCACGAGGAGAUCGCCAUGACGGAAUUGCUCAACGAGAUCUUUACGCGUGGAGAUGCAAAUGCAACAGCAGGGUCAGGCAUAGCGGCUUCGUUGCGAGAGCGCAUGCUCGAUAUCUAUCAGCAACCGACCGUGACAGCGCUGCACAGCCGGCUUCGAGCUUCGCUGCUUUGCGGUGCGCUCAGCAGGCCCAAGGAUAUGCCGUCGACGCCGGAUCUCGUUCAGGACAUCGGCUUGCGGAAGCGCUUUCUCCACUUCUGGCUGCAUAGCUAUAACGAGGACGCUCUUCAAGCCGCGGCGGAGGUCGUGGUUGGCAGGCAAUCAACGUUGCAGGCUUGCGAAGUGGAGGGAAGCCUCGAGGCCAUCGAAGGCGUGAUUGACAAGUCGAAGAAGAGACGUGCGCUUGUACGCUUCCUCGAGACGUUCUUCGUCACGAUUCAGGAUAUUGCCCCUGACACGAACCACAACAGCCCGGGAAACCUGGGCGAUAGAUGCUGGAGAAGGACGAUACAGCGGAGCUUGCUCAUGAUAUGGCUACUGGAUCGUGCGAAGGCGGCUGGCAUCGUCUGUGGCCGCUUGUUUAAGCGUAACUCCCCUUACAAGUCUUCUGCGGCAGUCGUACACGCCCUUUCUGGUUUACUGAUCCCAUCAAUUGGAGACAUUACGCGCCCUUUACGACACCUUGAGUACUUUGUGGACCAUGAGCAGGAUCCGCUGGAUGAUGUUGACUAUCGCAUCAGGAACCUCGCGGUGGACUUGCGGGAUGGCAUCCUCCUCACGCGGCUUGUUGAGCUGCUCUUGUUUAAGCAGGAUCAGACUUCGCAGGGUGUACAGAUGGAUCAACCAGAGGAUAAAGUGACCAUUACGCUGGCGGAUGCGUCAGUCCUUGGCACUACGUUCUCUGCUCAUGAUGACUCAUGUCCGACGAGAUCGCUUUCCCAACAUCUUAAGAUGCCAUGUCCGGGCCGUGCGCAGAAGGCGUACAACGUCGACGUAGCGCUCAGUGCUCUGGCAACUCGGAACGGGCGCGGGGCCGCAGCAGGUGUAGAUGUUUCGGCGGACGACAUUGUCGAUGGUCACCGAGAGAGAACGCUGAACUUUCUGUGGGCUAUCGUAUCAGAGUAUGGGCUGAGACAGCUCGUUGACUGGGAGCAGCUAGCCGCUCACACCAGACGUCUUCACCAAGAUGACACCGGUCCUGCGCAUGGGUACGGAUCCGUGGACGAACGGAAGAAGCUUCUCGAGCUCUGGGCGGCCAGAUGCAAGCAGUCUUGAGUGCAUUCAGCAGCAUCAUACCCUC